CGGCGGCGGCCUGCCGGCUAGCAGCGAGCCGGCGCCGCGGCUUCCUGCUUCUCCCCGGUUCCCUUCUCCCCCAACGGCCGAGCUGCGGAGCGGCGAUCGGGGCACUGCAAUGGAGAGUACAGUGUCUGUUACGUUCCUCGUAUCGUUUUUCAUACUGUUGUGUGAAAGUUAUCAUCAUGGAGUGGAGACAACUACUGUCGUGCAGACACUGGAGAGAACUUUUCCAGAAAAGGCAGCUGGCAUUAAUGAUGACUUGGCAGGAUUGAGACAGAAGCAUCACCUUCAAGAACUUUUUAAUCGUUAUGGAGAAAACAACUCUCUGACAAUUGAAGGAUUUAGAAAACUGAUACAGAACAUAGGGAUAGAUAGAAUGAAAAGAAUUAAAAUAGACCACAACCAUGAUCAUGACCACGAUCAUCACUUUCAUCGUAACCACAUUUCCUUGAGUAAAAACUCUGAGAAGACUGUUUGUCCGAACCACGAAUCUGAUGCUAACAAAGACCCCAGGAACAAUCAUUCAAAGGAACCUCAUAAAGCAGAGACUGCAGACCAUCAGCACAACUUUGUUUACAGUAAGAAUGCCAUUAAUGAAAUCACUGGGUCGAUCAACACUACUCCCACAGACGGCAGUUCUGAACUGCAGAAUUUGGAACCUGCAGAAGGCAAGUCUGUAGCUCAGGUAGGCCUGGCUGGAUCUAACUCCAUUAAUAUCACAAAUGGAAGCAGCACGAGUUGGCUCGCAAACAUCAAGUCAAACGAAUCUCAUGUUUCUCCGAAGGAAUUGGAAAAAGGAAGUUACCUGUAUUCCAAACUUAAAAACACAAAUACGCAAGAGUGCUCCAGUGCAUCAAAGCUGAUGCAGUCCCAUGGAAUAAGCACUGAAGUACUGUUGUCUGCCACAGAAUUUAGCUAUCUCUGCCCAGCUCUUAUUAAUCAGAUUGAUGGGAAAUACUGCAUAGUGCAUGCGAGUAGCGAAAAAGCUGAAGCUCCUCCAAAAGGUUAUUCUCUGCAAAUAGCUUGGAUUGGUGGCUUUAUAUCCAUCUCAGUCAUCAGUUUCCUUUCUUUAUUGGGGGUUAUACUGGUACCUUUGAUGAAUCGUGUGUUUUUCAAAUUUCUUCUGAGUUUUCUUGUGGCAUUGGCUGUGGGGACUUUAAGCGGAGAUGCCUUCUUACAUCUCCUUCCACAUUCUCAUGGAAACCACCACCAUCACCACGAAAAGGCUCCGCUUGAACAGAACAGAGGUCCUCUGUUCAAGCAUCUUGUUUUUCAAAGUACAGAAGAGAGUGCUUACCUGGAUUCUACAUGGAAGGGACUUACAGCGCUGGGAGGCUUGUAUUUUAUGUUUCUAGCGGAGCAUUUGAUCACUUUAAUAAAGCAGUUUAAAGACAAGAAGAAAAAGAAAAAAAAUGAAGAUGAUGGAGAAAGUAAGAAGUUUUCAGCGAAUGAAGAAAAGUUAGAUACAGAUGAUCGGUCUGAGGGCUAUCUAGGGACAGACUCACAAGAUCCAUCGCCCUUCAUUUCUCAGCAGCCAGCGGUACAAGAAGAAGAAGAAGUCAUGAUAGCUCAUUCUCAUCAAGAGGAGGCUGAUAAUGAAUAUGUAUCCAGAGGCUGUAGGAACAAAUGUCAUUCUCACUUACACGAUACUCUUGGACAGACAGAUCAUCUGAGUCAUCACCACCACGACUACCAUCACAUUCUUCAUCACCAUCAUCAUCAGAACCAUCAUCCACACAGUCACAGCCAGCGCUACUCACGUGAAGAACUGAAGGAUGCUGGCAUAGCAACUCUAGCAUGGAUGGUGAUAAUGGGAGAUGGACUGCACAAUUUCAGUGAUGGCCUAGCAAUUGGAGCAGCCUUUACUGAAGGCUUAUCAAGUGGUUUAAGCACAUCUGUGGCUGUGUUUUGCCAUGAAUUACCUCAUGAGCUAGGAGAUUUUGCCGUGCUUCUAAAAGCUGGCAUGACCGUCAAGCAAGCUGUGCUUUACAAUGCCCUGUCAGCAAUGUUGGCCUACCUUGGAAUGGCAACUGGGAUACUCAUUGGUCAUUACGCAGACAAUGUCUCCAUGUGGAUAUUUGCACUUACUGCUGGCUUAUUCAUGUAUGUGGCACUUGUGGAUAUGGUGCCUGAAAUGCUCCACAAUGAUGCUAGUGAUCAUGGAUGUAGUCGCUGGGGAUACUUCCUGUUACAGAAUGCUGGGAUUCUCUUGGGUUUUGGGAUAAUGCUGCUCAUCUCGGUGUUUGAACAUAAAAUUGUAUUCAGCAUAAACCUGUAAUUUUGCCAGGCUAAAGAUUGGUGUUAAGUUAUAAUUGGUAGUUGUUGUUUUUAUUCCAUAAUGGAGGGGUACGCUUGGUAUAGUCUAGGUAUUUCUAUUGGUGUGUUUUGUUGUCGUCCUUGGGUCUUUCAAUCUCCAACCCUUUUCUCUCCCAUAGCAAUGAGAAGUGUAAGGAUUUUCACUCAGAAUGUAGUGUUGCAUACGGUACCAUGACAAGACAAACUCAGUAAGUCAUAGUGAGUGCCAAAUCUAUUAAUGCAGUGUCUCCUGUGGUGGGGGCCAAAGUGUUUUUGUGAAUUUAUUUACUGUAUGUAAAUAUAUGUAACAGUGGCUUUUUUUUUUUUUUUACUUCAUGUUUUUGUUGGUAUAAAGAAAUAAAAUGUCAGUGGUUCUUAUUCUACCACAAUCAAAACCAGUGAACAGAGAGCACAGUGAGCAGUGUAAAGCAACAAAGACAUGCAGUACGUAGUGUGGAUUUAUACUGGUAGAAACUGAUCUCUGUCCACUUUGUUUACAGGGGGUGGCAGAUGAGCUCACCCCAUCCUCUUGGUGGUGCUUCUCCUUGUGGGUUCUGUUUCCUACUCCAGUUGGUUUCUACUGCAAAUGAUUUCAUGUGAAAUUGUUUGAUUGAAGUGUUUGUGACAAGUAUGUUUCACCUGUUUCUUCCCCAAUGAUAGCAGUUGCUCUUCACUGAAUCCUCAAACUGGCAAGAGCAGUAUGGCCAUUGCAUUGUAAAAUGUUUCUGUAGCUGUAGUAUACUUGAAUGCCGUUAAAGAGACUUUUAAAGCAGUGUUCUAUCUCAUUUAUGCUGCCUGAAAGGGUGAAGUUAUAUCACAGUUUUUGAUAUCAUGGGGAGUAGUGUUAGUAGUCCUUUGCUCAGCCUUCUUGGUUUGGUUUUGGAAAUGGGAUGACUGGGAGAGCUGAAUUCAUCUAGUUCUGCAUAAUAACAUAAGGUAAACCUGUGCUUGCAGAACAGUUGCAUCCUUUCAGCUAAAUCUGGAAGAUCCAAAGAGCAAGCUUUCUGACAGCACGUCUAGAGAAGCAGAAUAUGAAGAAUAACCUGUAUGUACGUGAGUGUGUGGUUUGAGCUUACAGCUAUGGUCUUAGUAUCUCAACCACCCUGAAAGUAUCCGUAGGAAGGAAAGAUGGAAAGGCCAAUUGUCAGAGUGUGAUUAUUUUUUUGUUUUGACAAGCAGAAUCCUGCAUUUACAACGUUGCAGAAUUGGCAGGAAAUGCGAGCAUUAUAUUAUUGUGUGCCUCAACUUCUACAUAGUAAGGUACGCUAUCUUAACUCGCUUACUUAAAACCAGAAAUAAUCAAUUACAGUUUUUCUCUGAUUCAACUUUACCAGUGCUUCAAAUCUUCAGCUGAGUAAAAAGCUUGAACGAAGAGGAAGUACUUGAUGAUCCCGUGUCUGACAAGUUAAAGCAGUCUGGCAUAUGGCGGUCUGUCAUUAAAAUGAAAGCCAAAACUGUCGCAUCAAAAAUGGGUGUUUGGAAUGAAUUGUAAGAUUUGGUUUUUGUUGUUUGUUUCUUUCUUUAACUGGAUGAGAAACAGUGUAUGCAGGCAGUGAGCUGUUACCUUUUUUUUUCUUUUUUUUUUUUAACCUCCCUUCAAUUCUUUACUCAGGUUAAGUGGGCAGAUUUAUUUAAACUGCUUUCCACAGUGAUGAAAUACUGUUCUAUCAAUGUUUCUCGAGCAAGCCAAAAUAAUCAGCAUAGAUCUGUUAAGGUUUUGAUGCCAGUGCCAGAGCUCAUACUGAAGGAUUAAAUGAGAACAGAUUUUUUUCAGACUUGUGUGGUGAAUACUUACCCUUUAUUUUUUUUUUAACUCUGAAAUAAGCUAUGGCUUGAACUUCAUUUCUGUGCUUUUUUUUUUAAGAAGGUCAGGUAUCAAUCAUGCCAUAACAGUGGAAAAUCACAGAAGGAAAAUUAGUGUGCUCAGUAAAAUAUUUACAACAUCUGAAUUGGGAACAGAAGAAAAAGGAGCAAAUCAAGCUCACUUUUCCUAUCCUGCAAGAGGUUACAUAUCUAGAAGUUGGGAGAACUGUGCUGAUGAUUCCCUUGCAACUCUUUUCUUUUGAAAACAGCGUGAGCAGAGCUUGUUAUCAUUCUCCAGAUUGCCUGAUCUGAAGGGACCUCAGCCUCAAAGGAGAUGCUUGUUUCUUAAAUCUUCCUGUAGUCAGCAUUUGGCCAGAGUCUUUGGAACAGGAUUUGUCUUGUUUCCUUUGAAGUCAGGAGGCAAAGGAAGAAUAAUGCAUCCUAAGGGGAGCACUGAGGUGUGCUGGAGUCUUGUCCAACUCCAACAAAUCUGCACAUUAUGAACCUGAGCAGUUGUUAGGAGAGAAGGACAGGCUUCUCUUUUAGAGCGCUCGUUUCAUCUCUAACAAGAAUACUGACAAAACACAGGUGUAUCCUUUCCCUUCAUCAAGUGCUUUACCUUUUUUCUUUUUUUCUUUCCUUUGUUCUGCCUUUUGGUGAACCCUCUGUACUUCCUUCAGAAGCUCACCUCUGAGCAAACAGCAGAAGGAGGCUGACAGGAGUCCUGCAGUUUGUGGUGCAGAGGAACCAUACUGUGGUACAACAACCAUCUGCUAUGUUUUUUGUAGCAUCUCCUUGAACUGCCAUUCUUUGCUUCCUCUUUUUGCUGGUUCUCACAGCAGUCUUAUUCUCACGUUCCGGAGACUGAAUUAGGAAAGUUACACAUAUCCCACCUGUUGCUUCUCUUUCUUCCCUGCUUAUCAACUGUUAGCUCACUUGAACUUGCUCUAAAGAGAAAGUAACUCCAAUUUCUUUCAAACAAUCUGAAUUCUUGUGGCAGUUUUGCCCUAACACAGUUAGGACCAUUUCCAAACUUACAGCUAAAGCUGUGCCUAGAGCCCCACUGCUCAUCUUUCUCUUUUCUUUGCUACCCCAAGUGUUUGAAUGUCAUUGUCUUUGACUCCUAGUAAGCUGUUCAGUUGCUGGCAUGUGCACAUCACUGCCACCUUCUUCAGAAAAACAAACAAGUCUGAAAGAACACCCCCAUCCCCUCACACCCCCCCGUCAAUACUGAAGCUUCCAUACCUUGACCAGUUGGUGCCUUCUUCGCUGACCUUUAACCUGAGUGGUCACAGUCAAUCCAGUUCUUAGAACAUAGCCACUCUUCUCCCUCUGGAAGUUUCUUCUGAGUAUUGCAGAAUUGCAGUAUCUGACUUUGGUUGUGCCGUCUAAGCAGGUCUUGCUUUUCCUGGGGCAGAGCUGAUGUGCUCCAGUUCUGGCUUCUGCAUUGCUUCUCAUGAGCAAGAUGUGCUUCCAGUCAGAACACUCGGCAAGUCUUCUCUCCCCCUUUCCCUCUGAGCCCCUCACAGCUCUGUUACAUGCAUAAAUACUGGAGGCUCCUGGUGGGUGCUGUAGGAUUUGGACACUAUGGUUGUCUUUUGCCUUCUGCUGCGCACCCUCAGCCAUCAGAGAAAUUGGACAUACACACUUCCUUGGUUGUGAGCUAUUUCAGAUGUGGGUGGCUCCUGACUCGGUUUGCUUUGAAUUCUUGCGGUUUCUGUUAGCCUACAGCCUUAAUUGCUGAAGUCAGAAGGACUUCUCUUGUCUGUGUGGUAGAUGGGAGAUAGGAAGCAGACAUUUUGCUGAGUGUCCCCUAUGAGAUGGUUAGAUUGGUGACUAUACAGCAAUAAAUCCACAGCUUCCGGGCUGUGCUUCCUGUGAAUUGGCUGGCUUGCAAUGGGAGAAACUGACGUGAAAAUAUCUGUGGAUCAAAAUACAUUACUAAUAAACCAAUGAAAUAUCUGUGGAUCAAAAUACAUUACUAAUAAACCAAUGUGGAAAAUAAACCUGCCUGCAGUAGGUGUGGGAAAGAGGGUGAGAUGAUGAGCUGGCAGUGAGCCCUCGGGUUGGCUUGGUGCUCCAGCACAUUCAUCUCUGGUGGGGUGUGACCAGUGACUGCAAAGCACUAUGUGAGCAAACCAAAGAUGGUCUGAAAUGUGCUGUUUGUAGCAGUGAGGUGACAAAGCUGGCCCACAUUUUCAUUGUCAGCCUUUAGCAGAAGCAAAGCUUCUACUUCUUAAAGGUACUUGCAGUGAAAGUUCUUAUGCUUUGAUAGAGGGAUAGAGCAGAGUCUCUAAGCUGCCUUUUAUUUUUAUGCAUUGAUGUUUCUGAGCAGCUUGUGGUAAUGUGCCUGCCUGCUGUGGCUGAUAAAUGGGAGCACCUUUUUUUGUGUGUCCUUGUUAACCAUGGUACAGAGCUGAGUGUUGAAUGCAGCUGUAUCCACCUUAUGUAGUGCCUGCGCUGGCCUUAGGCAAACAGGGCAAGGAAGGGUGGAUUCUAAGUAAUUUGCAUUGUGCCACAUUCUUCUUAAUCUUUUGGCUCAUCUGUAUAUGUGACAUCAGUCAUAUGCUGUCCUUACUUGCAGCAGGAGUUCCACUGCGCAUAUGUCAGUCCUUGACUGAGUUCUUGGCCUGCCUGGGUCAAGCAGUGUGGCUGUUCUGUAUUGAUGGGGAAUAUUGUGCAGGUGCAUAAUGAAUUUUGUUUAAAAAGCAUUCAAGGCUACAAGGUGUAAAUCCAAGUGGCUCUUCUGCUGCGUGAAUUCAGGGUCAAGUGUAAUUACAACUUCUCUAGAAAACUAGUUUGUUCUGUUUGCCACAAAUAGAAGCAGAAACCGUGUUUUCAUGCAGUUGUUCUUACUUGAAAUGGGGUCUUGGUACAUUUAAACAAUUGUUAUAGCUGCCAUUGUAUUGCUGCGUGCUUGAUGGAAUAAACCACUGAACAAA